CAGCACAUUCACAGAGUGGGACAGAGACAGUAACAGUGUGUAAAAGAGCAGGAGAUUUAAUAUCUUUCUGAAGUGGAGUUGGUGUGAAUAUCUAUGAGUGUGAACUCAGGAUGAAGAUCCUCCUCAUCUUCACCCUCUGCCUGAUCGCAGAUGGAGGAGCCUCCAAGGAAGUAACAGGAUAUGCAGGAGGAGGAGUCCUUAUCAAGUGCGAGUAUAGUGCAGAGUACACAGAAAACCUAAAAUAUUUCUGUAAGGGUUCAGGACUAGGCUGUAAUUACCAAAUAAACACAGGAGCUAAAAACAUGUGGAUAAAUUCAGGAAGAUUCUCACUGUUUGAUGACACCAAAUCAGCAGAGUUCUGGGUGAUGAUCAGAGAGCUCACUGUACAGGACACUGGGACAUACCAGUGUGGAGUUUAUAGAGGUUUGGUGUUAGACAUUUUCACACCAGUGGAACUGAAGGUAAAGAAAGGUGAGUCUCCCACCACUGCCUUCUGUUUAUCUUGCUGAACAUUCAGCAUCAGUAGCAUUAGCUAAACUGAAAGUACGAACAGUAGGAAGGGAUCAAAUUGUUAUAUAAUGCUUGUUUACACUUUCUGAGCACUUUAUUAGGAACACUUGUACACCUACUCAUUCAAGCAAUUAUCUAGUCAGCCAAUCAUGUGGCAGCACAAUGCAUAAAAAUCAGGUAGAUACAGGCAAGCAGCUUUGGGUAAUGUUCACAUCAACCAUCAGAAUGGGGAAAAAUGUGAUCUCAGUGAGUUUGAUCAUGGCAUGAUUGUUGGUGCCAAACAGGCUGGUUUGAGUAUUUCUUUAACUGCUGAUCUCCUGGGAUUUUCACACACAGCAGUCUCUAGAGUUAACUCAGAACGCUGUGGUAACACUUUACCACCAAUUAUAUAAUUGUUUAUAUGAUUUGCUAUAUGCAGCUGCAUAUUCUUAUAGACCAUGUUUGAUUUAGUUUAGCCAUAAGUGUUAAUUAAUAUAUUAACUAACAAGCAUGUACUAACAUGUACUUAAGGUGGUAGUUAUUCACGCGUGAAUUCACAAGACUCACAUCAUAGUUAAGGUUAGCG